AACACUGUGUCUAGCUAAACGAAUUCGCAGGUUCAACCCCUAACCCCUUAAAGAACAUUCAUUGUCUAUAGCAUAUGCAGAUGAUAGUUACCUUGGUUUCACACACGAAGCCACUGAUUUUACUCCGGAGGAAGCAUACGAUUACAUUAUCGUUGGAGGAGGGACCGCAGGUUGCCCAUUAGCCGCCACUUUAUCAGAAAAGUAUUCUGUAUUACUGCUUGAGCGAGGUGGUGUAGCCAGUUCGGACCCUAACAUCGUGUACGAAGACAGAAUGUUGAACCCCAUCUUAUAUACAAACCCCUUUGAUUCCCCUGCUCAAAGCUUUAUCACUGAAGAUGGUGUAUUAAACUUUAGAGGGAGGGUUCUGGGAGGUACUAGCAUGAUAAAUUUCGGGUUUUAUUCCCGAGGUGAUGAUUACUUUUACCAAAACUCGGGUAUUGAAUGGGACAUGAGUGCUGUUAAUAGCGCGUAUGAGUGGGUAGAAAAUAGUAUUGUUACUCGUACAGAUCAUUUGCGUAGGUGGCAAGCAUCUACGUAUAACGCGUUCGUAGAAGCUGGAGUUGGUCCGGGGAAUGGGUUCAUCCUGGACCAUGUUCAAGGUACCAAGAUUGGUGGUUCGACAUUUGAUGAUUCCGGGAUACGACAUGGUGCGGUGGAGCUACUCAGUAAAGCUAACCCUGAUAAUUUAAAGGUAGUAGUGCAUGCAAUUGUGGAUCGGGUCAUCUUCUCCACUUCUGAACCUUUAGCUGCAACUGGCGUUAGAUACCAUGAUUCCAAUGGAACACGUCACGAAGUGCAUGUAAGAACAGGCGGAGAAGUAAUUUUGAGUGCCGGAGCUAUUGGGAGUCCACAACUUUUGCUACUAAGUGGAUUAGGGCCAAAUUCGUCCCUCUUGUCUCUAAAUAUUCCAGUUGUUCGGGACCAUCCAUUUGUCGGACAAUUUAUGGCUGAUAAUCCUCGUAAUAGCAUUAAUCUUUUGGUGCCCGUUAGAUUAACUGAUGUAGGAGUUCGUGUAGCCGGGAUCACAAACAGUGGCCCAUAUGUGGAGUCUCUUGCAAUUCCGCGAGUUACAUCUCUCAUACCUUUCAUUCCUAACUUAAACUUGAUUCCACCAGCAAACUUAAGUGUGGUAGUAUUUGGAGGAAAGGUCUCGAGACCAAAAUCAACUGGCUCGCUGAAUCUAAUAUCGUCUUUUGAUGUCACAGUUGGCCCAAGAGUUCGGUUUAAUUAUUACUCUAACACUGCAGACCUACUCCAAUGCCGCAAUAUUGUUGAUGUAUUUAGGAACGUUUUGGAAACUCAAGCUAUGGAAGAAUAUAAGUUUCCCAGCAUCAUUGGUCCUAGGCGCUUCAGUUAUAUUGGUCCAUCAAUACCCACCGAUUCCUCUGAUGAAGAGUCCAUUGCGACUUUCUGUCGUCAAACAUUGGCUACAUUUUGGCAUCACCAUGGCGGAUGCUUGGUAAACAAGGUGGUUGAUAGCCACUUAAAAGUCAUAGGGGUGGAUUCUUUACGAGUUGUGGAUGCUUCUACAUAUUUCAACGCACCAGGAACGAAUCCUCAGGCAACCACUAUGAUGUUAGGCCGAUACAUUGCUGAGAAAAUAGUUAAUGAAAGAGCAGCACAGAACAAUCAUUCUUGAUAUUAAGAUGUGUUACUAGUUGCUAGUUCCAAGAAUAAAUGUAUGUUGUUACAUUUCUAUUUUCCAUUUACUUUUAUUUGUAUUCCUUUAUAAUUCAGCUUUUCAAUGUGAUGAAUGAAAAAAAUCUUCACACUUUCUACCUUACUUA